AUGAGGCCAUUGGCGAUUGCCACCGCCUUGCUCUCCGCCGCGUCGACUGCCUUGGCCACUGGGGAUGGCAACGCAACAAAACCGCUUAUCUCCAGAGUGAACCUACCUUCGACAUUCGCGCCGCCCCAGAACUUUAAGAACCUCAAUCUUGUACAUUAUAUCAACCUCGAAAAAAGCUAUCCUAGGGAAUCCAUCAAUGUUGUCAUUGAAAACAUUGCAAGCAGUGCCCAGGAUGAGUACUACUUGCCGUUCACGUCUAGACAGAUGGACACGAUUGGAGCGUUAGAGGUGAAGGACAGGAAAGAUCCAGAAGCAGGGUUAUUUGGGGUGGGAAUUGUUGAAUUUGACCCACAAAGUGAUACUCAAUUCUACCGCAUCCGUCUCCCAAAAUCUCUCGCACCGAAAGCACAACAAACUUUAGGAAUUUCUUUCUCCUAUCUCUCCGCAUUACAUCCCCUUCCAGCGAGCAUCGCCCAACAAGACAAGCAACAUCUUGUCUACGCCUUCUCCGCAUAUUGCCCAUCUGCAUAUGUUACGUUGAAGCAGAAGACGGAGGUCAAAUUCCCAAGCGUACAUGUGCCAGAGUACACAAUUGUACCUGGGGCAAAUGGCCAACCGGAAUCACCACAGGUACAAGGCUCGAAAUUCACUUAUGGGCCAUAUGGGGAGGUGCCGGCCGGUGCAACAGAGCCAGUUAAGGCUCGGUACGAAUUCACUAAGCCAUUGAUCCACGUGGCACGUAUGGAGAGAGAUAUUGAGGUAAGCCACUGGGGCGGGAAUAUUGCUUUCGAAGAACGCUAUACUAUGACCAACCGAGCGGCGAACCUUUCCAAACACUUUUCGCGGGUUGAAUGGGCUUCUCAGCAAUAUUACAACCCCCCAAGCACGGCUGUCAAGGAGCUCAAAUUUCCUUUGAAGGUCGGCAGCAUCGAUCCGUACUUUACGGAUGUAAUUGGAAAUGUCUCCACGUCGAGGUUCAGGAGCAACAAGCGCGAGGCCUAUCUCGAGAUCAAGCCCAGAUACCCUGUCUUUGGAGGAUGGAAUUACCCCUUUCUUGUGGGGUGGAAUGCGGAUCUAAAGAAGAACCUGCGCAAAAUAGGCACCGGGAAUGGUUAUGUUCUCAACGUGCCAUUCCUAGAGGGCCCAAAGCAACCUGAGGGGGUGGAAUACGAGCAUGUUGAAAUCCGCGUUAUCCUGCCAGAAGGGGCUGAGAAUGUUCAAUACAGCACCAACGUCCCACUCGUCGGCUCGUCCAUCUCUCUACACAAGACAUUCAUGGAUACCAAGGGUCGCACAGCUCUCACUCUCACUAGCGUCAAUAUCGUCGACGAUUUGCGAGACCGCGAGUUAAUUGUCACGUAUGAUUAUCCUUUCCUAGCCGCUUUCCGGAAACCACUUGCAGUUUUUGUCGGCUUUUUCAGUAUUUUCGUUGCGGCGUGGGGUAUUGGAACUAUUGAUACUAGCAUUCGCGGGAAGCGAUCAUGA